GAAACCAAAAUGGGUGGCGCCAACGCUUGACAACAAAGCGGCUGUUUUCUGCUUCUAACGGCCGCGUAGUUCUAUGUAAGCGAACAAAGCCUAACUUUGUCAGUCAGCUGAACGAAGUUUGAAUAAAACUUUCCUGCUGUACAAACGUGAACAUGGCUGCGAAGACUGACCAACUUCUUAUCGUUGUGUCCAUCCUGGAAGGUCGCCACUUCCCAAAGAGUCCUCGGCUCAGUCUGGUGGUUCAGGCGAGCUUUGAUGGAGAGCAGCUGGCCACGGAUCCCGUGGAGCACAGAGAGCAGCCGCAGUUCAGCACUGAGCUGGCCUGGGAGCUCGACCGCAGGACUCUGCACCAACACAGACUGCAGAGAACUCCCAUCAAGCUUCAGUGUUUUACUGUUGACCCUGUCAGCAGGAAGAAAGAGAGCGUCGGCUACAUUGUCCUUGACCUCCGAUCGGUUCAGGAGGUCAAACAGGAGCCGCGCUGGUACCCACUCCUCAGCAGUAAAUACACCAAAGAGAAACCUGCCCUGCUGCUCAGCGUGGUGCUCGAGAAUGACAGCAAGCCCUCCGAACCUUCUCCUGAUAGGUUUAAAGCCAAGAAGGCCCCGCCCCGACACGGCUCAUCCUCAGUAACCGACCUGCUCCCCGAGCAGCUGGAGGCCGUUCUGAUCCCAGACCAGGGUUACCAUCAAGUGGGGCCUGCAGAUCUUUGCACCGACAUGUUUGUCCUCUCUGUCACCGUGGCCUUCGCUACCAAACUGGAGCAGUUGGUCCCCAGCAUCUUGAAACUGUCAGCGAGCUCCGAGUUCUUCUUCUACUAUUCUUUACUGGGGAACGACAUAACCAGCGAGCCUUUCCACAACCUGCUGAGUCCCGAAUUUGAGCCAGAGCGCGCCUCUGUUCGCAUCCGCAGCAGCAAACAGAUCCUCGAGGCCUUCCUGUCUCAGCAGCCCAGUUUACAGAUCCACCUCUGCUGUGGGAAUCACUCUCUGGGCAGCACAGACGUUUCUCUCUCAGUUCUGGCUGGCAUUUCCAUGGAUCUGGAUAACAGAGCAGCAACGGUGGAGGGAGCUUUUGUCCUGCAGCCUCCGAAACGGGUCAGGCAGACGCUCCCUGCUCUUCCCGCUGAUCUGCAGCCAACCCUGGGAGUGGCUGUAACCCUGAGGAGGGAGGAGGUUGCACCGCAGUCUGUAGGGAGUAAGGACGGUCUCGGAGCUCUGCCGCAGUCUGUCCCGUCUCCUGCUGAACAGAGACCUCAAAGCUCCUCUCCGGUCCAUAAACCUCCCGACUGUCCUCCUCGUCCUCGCGGUCCUCCUCUCCCUCCUCCUCCUUCAUCUCAUACAGAGAGCGAAGCAGAGAGUCUGCUGGAUGAGCUUCAGCACGGCAGAGUGCAGGCAGGAUUGGCAGCUUCAGAUUUGGAGGUGCCCGCACCGCCGUCCGGUCAGCCUGAGGCCGCAGCAGAUGGUGGAAUGUCAUCGGUCAGCGUUUCUGCUCCUAAAGUGUCCAUCCCCCCGUCCGCUCAUCACUACUGCUUCUCUCUGGACCUCCGCAGCCUGGGGAGCCUCAGCUUACCCCACCCCAUUGCUGCUACGCUCAGGUAUUCGUACCAGUUCUUCGGCAGCGCUGCCCCGAUCGUGACUAACCCUCCUGUGGAGCUGCAGAGGAACACGGAGGUGUCUCUGCCUCAGUCCUACUGCGCCUUUGACUUCGCGGCCCUGCCGCAGCAGCUGCAGGAGACCUUCCACAGAGUUCCUCUGGUGGUGGAGGUUUGGCACAGAGACACCACCAGCCGGGACCAGCUGAUUGGACGAGCCUCCGUCCAGCUGUCUCGCCUGUUGAGCGCUGAAAAGAGCAGAUUCUUGGGAUCAGCAGGAGAGCAGAGCUGGAGACAGACUCACCAGGACAGGAUCCCCGUAGUCCAGACACAGCGGCCUGCAGAGAAGGUGGCAGAGUUGAGCUACAUGGCGACGUUGGAGGACCUGGGAUUGGUUAAAGCCAGAGAGGUCAUCGUGUCUGACUCGUCACAGAACCAACUCCCACCUCACUCGCAGCCAUCUGUCCCCCCAGCAGCACCCAGACCUGCAGCACCCAGCCUCCACACAGCGCCACUGGGUCCCACGCCCCCCAGAGACACCCUGGAGUACCGCACAGCCCUGGAGCUGGAGCUGUGGAAGGAGGAGCAGGAGGAUCUGUUUGAUGAUCAGCUGAGGAAGAAGGAGCUGAGUCACAUGCAGGCCUUAGCAGAGGAGUGGAGGAGGAGAGACAGAGAGAGAGAAGCUCUGGUCAAGAAGAAGGAGGUGGAAUAUAACCUGCUGGAGGUGCAGCUCCAGAAGGCUCUGUGUGAUCUGGAGAAGAGAGAGAAACAGUUGGCUGAGGCUGAACUUGAGACUCAGAGGCUGCAGAGGGAGCUGCGGGCCGAGCACGAGCUGACCCAGAGGGAGCUGCAGGAGAGCAGCAGGCGGCUGCGACAGGAGUGUGACCACCGGGUGGUGCUGGAGAGAGAGAAAGGCCAAUUGAUGGAGGAGGAACGAACCCGGCUGCUGCAGCAGAUUGCAGAUGGUGAGUCCCGCUACAAACAGCUGGAGAAAGAGUUCCAGCUGUUCCGAGAACAACAGAACAUCAGACCAGAGUUCAGACUGCAGUCAGAGAUCAACCUGCUCACUCUGGAGAAGGUGGAGCUGGAGAGGAAGCUGGAGUCCACCACCAAGUCCAAGCUUCACUACAAGCAGCAGUGGGGGCGCGCCCUGAAAGAGCUCGCUCGGUUCAAACAGCGGGAGCAGGAAAACGCCAUGAUGCGUCUGAAGAAGCAGCAGGCCGAGCUCGAAGCCAUGAGGCUGCGUUACCUAGCAACGGAGGAGCAGGAGGCGGUCCGACAGGACAGGCAGGAGCUGGACAGCAUCAAGAAUGAACUCAACAGGUUAAAACAGCACGAAGACAGAUUAGGCCCCGCCCCCUCUGCACUUGACCCCGCCUCUGGUCCGACCCUAAGUGAGAGCGCUGAGGAACACCUGAGCCGCCUGUUGGAGGAGAGAGACACGCUGCUGAGGACCGGCGUUUACACCCACGAAGACCAAAUCAUUGCUGAGCUCAACAGACAGAUACAGGAAGCCAUGAGGGACAGAGGGAAGCUCUGACCACUGCUGCAGGCAGCCAAUCAGAGACUGGCUCACACCUGAGGCUGCAGGUAAACCAGUUACCUGUUUGUCCAGCUGUGAAACCUGAGCCAAAUUUGAUCACAUCUUACCUACAAAGAAGGAAACACAAACUGGCAGCAUGCUUGUUUGAAUUUAAACAGACCCUUUCUGCUAACUUCCAGAUUCAUAUUUUUUAAUUCUUGAAUCCAGUAGAGCAGCUUUUCAUGAUUCCCAGUUCAAAAUGUUUAUCCUGACCUGCAGCCUGAGGGCUGUAAUCAGCUCGCACAGCCUCAGUCUGAAAUGUGUGUAUUCAGCAGAUCCACUGCUGAAUACACACAUUUCCUCUGCUGCAUUUUUCACAAUCAGACAUUCAAUCAUUCGUUAUUUAGGUCUUCAUGUAUAAUAGAGUGUUUAUUAAAAAUAUUAACCUCAUCUUUUCUACAUUUGUGCAGCUCUGUGCUGCAUUAAAGGUAAAGGUAAAGGUUUCUAAAGUAAUGAGAGCUGUAUGGUGGUGCAUAUCAGACAUAAAAAGCUGAUAUUAAGUGUUUUUACUGUAAAGUCAGAGUACCAUAAAGCUCCUGUGCUGCAGUAAUACACACUGUGUACUUUAAUCGUGGAGUUUAACGUAGUACUGCAUGUCAUGUUUCAGGUCAGCUCACCUGCCAUCUGGGAAAGACCUCUCAGCAGCAGGUGGGCGGGGUUUCUAUGCCUCGGGUAACCAUAUUAGGGAUAUUCUCUCUCUGACAUCAUACAGAGCAAGCAGUAGAAAAAACUGAGUGUUUAGAGCCGUCUGAGUUUUUGGUUCACAAGGAUUACUUGUACAUACGCUGACCUCAUUAUUUAAAAAUCCCACCCCUGAAACAGGACACGCAGCCCAGGAGGAGCUGACCGACUUUAAACCGGAGUGAGACGUUUUUCUCGUGUGUUAAAUUCUGCCUCCAAGCUGAACUCAUGCGUAUGAUGGUGGAUGAUGGGAGUCAUGACUGUGAAGUGUUUUUAAAGCAUCAUCCUGCUGAUUCUGUCGGUGUGUUCAGGGACUCUGCAACAUCUCCAAACUCUCACUUAAUAUUAGUUAGUGUAUUAACUUUGGAAACUGACUUGUCCUUCAUUUGUUGGCGUGUCAGUGAAUGCACCACAGGCGAAACAAGUGAUUGUGUUUUUAGUUAUUCUGUUUGAAAUAAAGAUGUUCAGUUUACUGUAACAGAGGAUCGAGAAAACUUGUAAAUAUUUUUUUCACAGCUUGCAGAUUAAUUUAUUUUGUUGAAGGUUUUACGCUCAUUUGCAGCUGCUUAGGAGGAAACUGAAUAAACUGUUUUGAUUUUCAUGGAUCAGAGUUAUUACACCAAAACCUGAAAUCAGCAGACUGGUCCUUUAAUGUUUUUAAGUUAUUAGGGCGUCUGAGUGCUGAUGUUUUUCUGUCUGACAGCAGGUGGCGCUUCAGCCUCAGAAACUCUCCACAUUUAUUUUUGUGCUGCUCUGGAAUUCAUUAUUUUGUGUCUUCAAAUAAAUAAAUUCAACCCUGCAAAAUGCCUCAAACUCCAGUAAAAUAUGAGACUAAAUUAUUUAUGAAUAUGAUUUUUAUUCUAAAUGAAAAUUAACACUUUUUAAAAGAAUAAAUCUACAGCUUUUGUUGCUCUUUGAAGAAUCUGUUAACAGAUUGUCGUUGUGAUACAGGUGGGGGUCAUUUAUGAUCAGAGCCUUUUUUCCAUUUCUUUGUGCCAUUGUAAUAUUUUAAAUAGUCAAAAUAUUUGCUAUGGUCCAUUUGGUUGUUAAACUGUGUAAAUGCAGCUGUUCGUAGUUUUAAGCAGUAAAGCAGCAGCAGUAUAGAAGAGGAUUC